CUUCAUUCUUCAAGGUAGUUAACCCAUGACGAUGCUGUUGGAACUUAAUGCCCUCACACAAUGGUAGCGUUUGUAAUUCAGUCAUAGAGUUUUUCUAUUCUUCAUUCUACAAGUAGGAACAGUCUCACAUUCUAUUUGGUUUUUAUUGAAGCAUUUAUUGAAUUAAGAUUUUUUCAUGGUACAUGAGAAGUCUACAGCCAAUUAGCCUUGUACAAUCAUUGCACCUGCCGAAGCCUUAGAAAUGAAAAAUAUUCUAUUUUGUUGCUUUAAAUAAAAUCAAUCUGAAAAUUGUUCGCUGUUGCUUUAGCCCGGCAGGUAAUUGUUCGUCUCUGAAUUGUCGUUUUUAAAUUAGCUCUUAACUUACACAAACUUCAGACGGGUACAAGCAGUUGCUCAAUGCGCUUUAACCGUUACGGUUAACGCUAUUGUGAGAGUUUUUCAGCAAAAUACUGCCGGGAAUAUAGCCUAUUAAACUUUCUUUUGUCAAUCAAGUUAAUUGGCUUGUUCUUACUAAGUUGAUACCUCUAAAGGACGUCUUUAUUUUAGGAAGCUGGUAAGUUUGUGCAUCGUUUUGUAGCCUCUUUGUUAUAAUUACAUCUUAAUUGAACCUUAUUUAUCUAAUAAAUUUUAAACCACUCCUAUCAAAUCAGCAUAAUUCAUUUAUUAAAGGCAUUUCAAUGACUGUCGAUUUGUAUAAUGACUAUUACGUAUUUUAACAAUCGACAGUUAAGGCCAGGCUGAUAUCCUGCCACCUGUGAGCUAUUCUUCGAUAUACUACAUUAAAUAUUUCGGGUUUUACAUCUGAUAUCGCCGUUGGGCAUUCUAUCAGACGACAGCUGACUAGAGAAACACAUCGCAGUAUGUCUACGAGCGGGUCCGUACCCAGACCGUUGCGUGUGUCUGAACUUUAGCAGGCGGAACACGUUACCCACCACGCUAUCAAAACUAAAUAUCAAUGUACUAUACAAUAAUUAGUUACUGGUGACACAUAUUUAUUCCGCGUGUAAUAGAUAUGUUACUUCAUACUCGUCGUAUGGAAAGGUCGAGUUGACCAUAUCGGUGCCAUUUAUUUUGUCUUACACAUGCGUCUGUUUGCUUUUUGCUUAGGUCUCUAUUCUGAGAACGUUCGAGGUUCAUCUCUAGAUAGCAUUAUUCGCUAUUCAGUUUUAUGAACGGAUGGUAUAGUCAUCUUAGGUGACAGGCACUCGGCUACGGGCUAUAUGAGGCACGACAUGAUUGCCGCUUCCUGUAGAGUUGGGUUGAGGCCAGGCAUUGCAAAACACCGUCUGCGGAUGAGUUUACAAAAGCCAGUCGGAUAUGCGUUAGGUCGCUCUGAGUUCAUACUUAGCUGGACAUAUGUGCCCUGAUGGAAAUGUACUAUUAGAAGCCACAUGAGUAGGAAUUAGUACUAAGAAUACCCAGUUGGAAUACCCGCGGAUAUUUUACAUUUGUCGUAUAACCUCAAAAUGAUGUUGAGAACGUUUAGAGCAGACGGUAAUGCUCUUAUUCAGAUGGCCCCACAUAUUCUAGUCGUAGGGAUGUUGAUCUGGAUCAGUACAACGAAUGGUGUACCAACCGAUACUGCAGUGCCUGCUUAUUUAAGCGUCGGCCUUGCCUAUCGUAUGAUAUGUAAAGUAAAUGGAGAACUGGUUAGGGACACUGUAUAUAGGUCGUAAAGGGAAAAUGCUCCCUUUACAAGCGUUUGUCGUCUAGUUGAUGUAGGCUACGGCGAACGGAGUAAGGCUCUACGAAUGAAAUUUAGAUAAAUACCUAAAUAUCGCACAAACGUAGUGGGAGAUAAAGGUAACCAUAUAAAGCUCAUCAGAAGGCUGAGCGUAAAGUGGAUAAAAAAGAAUCUAUCAAAACAGUUUUUCUCUCGCCUAAAUGCAUCGAUGCCCGCACACUACAGCUGUAUUUUGGCUAACGAUGAGUUCGUCUUCUGCAAACCCCUAUGGUCUACUUCUGUAGCUUAUAUUGAAAUGGUGCAAUUCAGGAAGCGGUACCAGCUCUACGCCCAUCUCCAUUUCGUCCACCAUCGAAACAAAGCGAGCCGCUGUUAUCUUGAUCGAUAGCUCCAAUAUAUUAGUUAGAGUCCGACUGACUAAUUACAUAAACGACACCUUACAUAAUCAUUGAGAAAGCGCUCAGUCUGAAAGCUUGCCUAUCGGAGUAUUCGCACCUGCGUAUAUCAAAACGACAUCCAUUCUUUUCAUCAAUGCUGCAAAGAUCGGCUUUUACCAUGUCACAUUAUAGCAGGACAUUACGGGACGCAUCUGCACGCGGCCGGCUAGUACGUAUAGUUGUAGCAUAGAUAACACGUUUUCCCAUUGGCCAUUGACACAAUAUGAUUAGCUUUGCCAAAUGACGUUCAACGAGCGGUUCCUAUACAGCGACGCUGCCCAGUCAUCUCUGACCACUGGGGCGUUCGACUAUUGUAAUACUUGAACCAUGUCACCAACCAUAUUACUCACGAGCGUUUUCAACUCACCGAUUUCACUAAAACAACCAGCUUCUAAAUCGCCUUCGUCGCAUAGCCGUUGGCCAACGCGUCUCAGAAAAAAAGCGAAGCAGCUUGAGCGAUUCUUGUACGCUUUUAGCCUUUGAGUUAAUUCUGUUCAUAGUGGUGGAAUCGCAGUAGCAGCAUUUAAAUGGCGAACCCAGAGCAACAACAAAACAACAGCAAUAGCCAUAACGAGAGGAACGCGGGUACAUCCGGUCUUAACCGACUGUGUCGAUGCUGGCCGACAUCUGGUUACCAGGUUCUUGUACCCUAGCGGAGAAGCUUUUGUCCAUCCUCACAAAAAAUGAAACAACCCCUAUACGGACCAGGAGCUCGUACCUAGUCAUUCCAGACAUGGAGCGGGCAUCGUUAGCAGGAGUGGUGAUAAAAGACCGACGUGUCGUUACCAGUCAUCGCGUAGCUGACUAGUGAAACCGGGGGGGGGGGCAACUGAGAACAGUUUGAGAACGACCAUAAUUUCGCUUGGAGGCACUAGCCGUGGUCGUGUCCCUACAAUGCGCUGCUAGCUAAAGUAUGCAUGAUGCAGGGAUUAUUAAAGAAACUUGUUAAAUAUUCCGAUUACUAGACACUGUAAAAUAAGAUUAGCUUGUAUUGAGAAGCAACAAAAAUAAUAUUCGUUGAUAGUUCUACGCUCAGUCAAAGGGCAUAGUUUUGAAACACUGUCACGGUCAAAGGUUACAAUAUAUUUAAAAAAAAAAUGUUUUAUGUUAUGGCCUAUCUGUAAGGUAUCAUCUACAUAUAGGACAUCGAAGUUCGUUAGGUGGCCGACUGUUGUUGAAAAUACGCCCAACAUAAAAUUACAAAGUAAGCAGCCUGCUUUCGCUUAUUACCUGACCGCGCGUUAUUCUGUCUACAAUACAAAACAAUCAGCACACGAUUAUAUAGCUGGCCUGAGGUAUCAAACUUGAACAGAGAAAGAAACAUACGCGCAACAGUUCCCGAAACACUAGUUAUAGAAACGCUAUAUUAAAAUAUAUAGGCAAAGCUAACAUAUGAGCAUAAAAACAUUAACAUGAUAAAUAACAGAACGCGUCUGCGUGAACAUAUUGUUUUACGCGCAUUACACAGCUCAUGUAUACAGCCACGAAUUUCCGUUAACACGAACCUAUCGGAAUACGUCUAUAGCACAAUUUUUAUUACCUGACUACAUAAUAAUAGAGCGUCUAUCAUGAAGAGUUGUCCUGCCACCAAACUUGCUGAAGCACGCCCCAAAAACUACUCCAUCUAUUUCAGCCCUUUCUAAAAAUCGACCUGAAGAACUUCGAGAGCCAACAAGUCGACAACGAAGAAGACAAAAGGAAAAAGACGGUAGCCUACAGAAGUCGGUAUACUUCACUACAUCUUUUAUAACGAUAAGCAACAACCUCACAGCAACAACCAGCGCCACUGCCUCUGUUUAAGACGUUAUCGUUCACACGAAAGGAACUUUGUCCUGUGGCUUUCGUCACACUCACCAUUUCUCUUAGCCUCCACUACUAGGACAACGUAUAUUACGCUUGGCCUGUUAGUUUGUUCAGAUAGUUACAGAUAGAACAGAGACAACAGAUCUGGCUAGCGAUCGUAGGCAGCGAAACGGGAAUGUUUUGCGUUUCAGGCUGUGCCCGCUAUAGCAGCAGCAGCAGCAGAGGCUGGCGGUAUGUUUUUGUGUUUCUGGUAGCGAUGCGUCGACGUAUUUUCACAGCGGACGCCGCGGCAACAGUGAGUAGCCUAAAUAGCUGACGGCGCUAGCUAAGAUUUCCUGAUGCAUCAGACAACCUUUCUCACUCAGUUCUGGCAGCGAUCCAUUCAUUGAGAUGGCGAUCCGGAGACGGUUGAUCGUGGCGACAAUUGUCUGGUCAUUCUGUUUAGACGUUAGUUCCCCUAGAGCGGGGCAGAACCGCUGCAGUGGGGGGCAGCAGCAGUAGCGAUCGUCCGGUGCCCUCUCAACCAAAAGGAAUCAGCGAGAGACACAUAGGCAAUGGACAAGAGAUGACGCGGAGAUUGUAAUGAUCAGAUUUUACUCUUUAUGUUGAGACCUUCUUGCUUUUCAAUGACCCAUAGCAGUCGGUUGUUGAGGCUUACGUGUUGAUGUCGCCGGCGAUGAUGACGCUAACGAACGCUUGACUUGAUGUAUACAUGCUAGGUUCUGCCUGGCGAAGAUUUAAUGCUAUAUUGAUAAAGGCUAGACCCAAUGGGCUAGGUACAUAUCACCAAGACUUGAUGAUAACACAGCAGUGACGUCACGAUCACCGCAGAACGUUCUACUUUGGCAAUGCUUCUUGUGCUGUCGGCGUCAUGUAUUGCUUUUUGCGGUACAGUUGUGUUAAUACAACGACUAGUUUAUGCGUACAAUUGUCCUUCACGGAUAACUGGGGGUGCCGAAUACUGCUGUAUUGGAAACAGGUGGGGGAGGCGACAAAGGGAACGGUCAGUCAGCUACAAAUCUCAUCGGCGUGCAGGUCUUUCGUUCGGCAUUAACCUGCUGCCCCUCGUGAGUCUGAUGAAGGCGAAGAAAGAACGAAAUAAAAUUAAAGGUCACAUUGUCCGCUCAACAUCGGUAGAUUCACAAAAGGCCAAAACGAUGGGUAAAAAGGCCGAUGCAGUGGUCACAGGGCAAGGACAGUUUGAUACUACGGUCUUGAUGGAUGGCAUCGCCGCUUCACAGAUGACCCGUACUCAGCUAAUUCAAGUCGUGGCCCAGCUUCUCGAGGAGCAGGGCAAGUGGGCUCGGCGAAGAGAAGAUGAAAUAUUAAAACGGCGAAGGCAAACUGAAGAAGCUUUACAAGAGAGAAUGCGGCAACUUCAUGACCACCUCACCCGAGAACAUCGACAGCAUAUGCAGGCUCUCGUGCAACGUCAUGAGAUGCAGCUCGAAACGGUUCGACUGGAAAUCGAAAGCAGAGUAGAACAGACACGACUGAGAGCCGAACAGAAUAAAUUUGAAGAACUGCAACGAGCUCGCGAUAAGUACCGCGAAGAUGUAGACCGAUUGAUUUGUGCCGAACAGAACAGGUUGGAACGAACCCUGAAAGACGCAAAGGAAAACUGCGAGCAUAUACUUAAGGUCAACGUUGCCUAUAUCGAGAAGUUGCAGGCAGAGCAAAAUUCAAUAAGAGCGAGAUGUGAUCAUCUUGACGAGCAAAACCAGCUUCUGAAGAGGCAGCUGAAGUUUGCCACACAAAAAGUCCAGCAGCUGAUGGUGGAAAAUAGAGAUUUGACGACAAAGCUCAACAAAUUUAAGGGCGAACGGAGCAAACUAGAUCAACUUCGUGAAGAAACUUUCAAGCUUGCCAGUGAUAAUCGUCUGCUGAAGUCUGAAGUCUUAUUGGCCGAGGAAUACUUCCAAAAAGCUGCUGAGGAACGCGACGAGCUCUAUUCGAACUUCGUUGAUGCGCUUAAUCAGAUACACCUUCGUUCAAGUCUCAAAAGCGCUCAGGUUCGACAGCAGCUAGAUGUUCUACUGGGAACUCCGCCUGGGUCAUCGGCGGCAAGUACAGCCGGUAGUGAUAUUGGAAGUGGACAAAUCCCAGACCGCGCAGAUGAUGAAACCACAACAUUAAGUGGCAUUGAAAAACUCUCGCUGGAUAAUAUUGAACAUCAUAAAUAGUGAAUUAACAUUAUUAAAAUGCUAAUUAAACCAAAUCAAUUUUUGUUGUUCAAUUUCACAUUCAUAACUUACCCGUAGUUGUUGUCGGAAGCUAAAAUUUCUUUAUACCUCUUGCCCUCUUCAACAAGGGGAAGCGCAUUAAUAUUCACUAAUAAUAACGACAAUAGUAAGAAAUGCAUUCACACAGACCCAGAGGAUACUGUGAAAUUUACAUCAUUACAGAACGACGUCCGAACCUGAGUAUCUUUUUCUCUUUUGGUACGUAACGGUACAGUUAUAAUGUGAAUGCUAUUGCAGAAAAAUUUAUAACUUUUUUUCCUUUAAAAACCAUCGACGUUACAUGAAAGAUUGGACGCGAAUUAGGACACCAGACAGUGUUUUCUAGUGUUCAUGUUUAUAAAUUACAUAUAUAGUUCAGUAAGUAGUAACUUCACACUUAGGUUGAUUAGCGAUGUCUUAGAGUGUACGAACUUUCCUGAGGUUAAUGCCAGCCAUAGUUGGCCGGUAGGAACUCUAGAAAUUGCUGUCGUUUUGCUUUAUAUGUACUCAACGUACUGAGGCUAAGAAUCGUAUAACAUCACAGACACAAUGCUGCGGUGAAGAGAUACUAAUCGGUAACGUUUUAUCGAAUCAUCGGUCGAUCUUCCUGUCUUGUUCGAUAUAGAUCAUUAUAUGCUUGGAUGUAAUAGCAAAGUGCAUGCAGAGUCUGAUUUUGCCGAUUAUUAUGGUUCACUACCUUAUCAAGAGCCCUUACUCUGCUCGUUUUUGUGCCUUAAGAGUAUUAGUUCAGCCUGAUGAAGUAAUAUCUUACGAAGGAAAAUACACACCACUUAAUAUGGGCAUGUCUGAAUAUAGCGCAUACCAAAUCUUUCAAUCGCCGAGCAUCGGUAUCGCUGACAUUCACGUAUCUCAAACGUAUGGCGAGGCAAUAGAGAAAUCAUAAGUGUGGAUUACGGAUGCAGCGCAUCAUAACCAAGAGAUCUGUACGUUCCCGCGAGGCAUCGUGCCUCCAACGACCGUAAGGUUGUGUCAUAUAGAGUUGCUCUAAGGGUUGUGCGAGUUGCCACUCUAAAAAUAGCCCUAAAAACAGUAGGACCUAACAUUAGCCCUCUCCUUUUAGGAGCAUUCGGAAGCAACGCGAAGUUAGCUAGUUAAGAUUUGCCGCUGGCCAGCUCUCGGGUGCCAGGAAUCACUCAUAGUUUCCGCUUCUUGAAGCUUUUAUAGCUCUACUAUGACAAAUGGCCCCGUGGUGUUCAAUUGAAACCAUCGGGGCUUCGUAGCCACGCAUCCUUCACAUAAAUCCAGCCAGAGUUGCUAGCGUUACUAGCACUUUUUCUCUUCUAAACGCGAUAUCUUUUUUCUUCAGGCUUUCAACGAUACGAUGUCUCGAGUCGUACGUAACUUUUUCUUAAAUUAGUCACUUCUGUUAAUUUUUAAUUACCUUUGAAAAAUGCUGCAUUUUAUGAGUAGCGGAAGUCUUCACAUCGACGAGGGUCGUUCAUGCUGAAAAAACAUUCCGAUAAUUUUGUGGAAAUUAUUUUUUUUGUAUUCCGGAAGGUUUAUAAGAAUUAUCCGGAUUGUCUUACUGGUACUUGACACAAUCAUAACAGCAUAUCUAAACCUGUUUAACUAGAAUAACA